AUGGGACCUUCAUCUGCCAAGUACCAGAGAAAGAAUUAUUUCAUCUUGGUUUUCAAGUUAAGGAACAAAGUAUGGCUCUUUUCAGGAAGUUUAACGAUGUAUCCUAAGGUGAAAGUGAGGGAACCAGAACGUGAUGAUGCAGCUAUUACCCUGCAAGAUGAUACCAAAUCCUUGUCUAUGUGGAAGGCACAUAGUCGCCCUGGCCCGGUCACUAUGACCCCCUUUGUGAGGAGCCACCCUUUCUCCCGAACCAACCCAGUGAAAGAUACUCAAAAUGAUUCUCCACCAUUGGUUGCCAGAAUUCCAGAAACUUAUGUCCCAAAGUUGGUGAUGCAACAAAUUCCUUUUGGUCCAAUGAAGAAAAUGAAGAACUGUAACCAAACAAGAGAAAUCCCAGCAGAUGACAUUGAACAGAAUGACAGAUCUAGCUCGGUUCCUCGUCCUCGUGCUGUUUUAUCUAGUCCUGACAAUGACAAGAUGGUUGGAAACAGAAACAAGUUAACUAGCAGAAGGCCUUCGACUUUGAAGAACCAUAAUUCUUCCUCCAAAGCCAGGAUUGUUUCUGACAUAUCCUGAUUGAGCUGAACUUUGUAACAGAGGACAUACUCGGUCCACAAGAUUUUUGUCAUUGCAAAGUCUAGGCCGGUUAGAUGAACAUCACUUUAUUACCCAAAAAAAAAAAACAGAGCUGAGAUGAACAGGGGAAAAACUCAAACAUUGGGGUAUUGUUUCAAAACUUGGUUGAUCAAUUCAUCUGAAGAAAUGUAAUGAGAUAACCCAGGUUGGAAUGGAGACUGUGAAGAGGUAGUUAUUCUUUGUGAAGUUGUUC